UCUUGAAGCAUUCUCCUCUCUCAUACAGCUCUAGGUUUUGUAAAAUAGUGGAUUUGGUCCAGGGCCAUGGCAAGCAACCCCCUACCCACGGUGUACGAGAUCCGGCGAUCACAGCGUGCCGACGGGCCUGCGGCGGUGCUGUCCAUCGGCACCGCAAACCCAGCCAACUGCGUGCGCCAGGAGGAGUACCCGGACUACUACUUCCGCGUCACCAAGAGCCAACACCUCACCGAACUUAAACAGAAAUUCCAGACCAUGUGCGAGAUGGCCAGAACGGAGAAGCGCUACUUUCACCACACGGAGCAGCUCCUGGACGAACACCAGGAUUUCCUUUGCCGUGGUAAGCCGUCCCUGGACGCCCGGCUCGCCAUCGCGGCCGCCGCUGCCCCGGAGCUGGCGGAAUCGGCCGCGUCCAAGGCCAUAGCCAAGUGGGGCCGUCCGGCCACCGACAUCACGCACCUUAUCGUCAGCACCAACUCCGGCGCCCACGCCCCAGGCAUUGGCCUCCGCCUUGCUUCUCUCCUCGGUCUCCGCGCGUCCGUCUGCCACACCAUGCUCCACCUCAACGGGUGCUCCGCGGGCUCUGCCUCGCUGCGCCUCGCCAAGGACAUGGCCGAGAACAACCGCGGCGCGCGCGUCCUGGUAGUCUGCGUCGAGCUAACCGUCGUCUCCUUCCGCGGCCCGGAGGAGGCCUGCCCGCACAUGCUCAUUCCGCAAGCAUUUUUCGGGGACGGCGCGGGCGCGGUCAUCAUCGGCGCCGAUCAUGCUGCACACGACGACGAGAGCCCACUCUUCGAGAUCGUGUCUGCCUCGCAGACCGUCGUACCCGGUACCGACGCCGUGCUCACCAUGCAGCUCACGGAAUCCGGCCUCAACGGCGACGUAAUCACGAGGGACCUCGUUCCUCUAGCAGCGAAAUACAUCGAGGGAUGUCUCACGGAUGCGCUCCUCCAGCCGCUUGGUGGUUGCCCCAAUUGGAACGACCUGUUCUGGGUGGUGCAUCCCGGCGUGCUCGGAUUGUUGGACCGCAUCGACGGGGCUCUCGGGUUGGAACCCGGGAAGCUGGCGGCCAGCCGAACCGUCGUGAGAGACUACGGGAACAUGCUCGGGGCGACUGUCAUUUUCGUGCUGGACGAGCAGCGGAGGCGAAUGGAGGAGGACGACGCAGAGACCGGCUGUGAGUGGGGUGUGAUGAUGGGAUUCGGACCUGGGUUCACUAUCGAGACAAUGGUGCUGCAUGCGGUGGCCAGCAAAGCUUCUUCAACGUAGCUAAUAAGCUAGAUAGCUACUUCUUCCAUACGUGUUGUUUCAAUCUAAAACUGAAUGUCACGAAUCCUAUGUACAAGUUGUAGCUUUUGAACAAAAGGAAGCCGAA